AUGGCCGGCGGCGCCGGCGCGGAGGCCUCACCCGCUCGCUCCGCAGAGAAGCCACCAGACGCGCUGAGCGCGCUCGGGGCAGCGCGGCCACAUCGGGGGCGUCCGGCCGCCCGUCGGAGCCUCGGCAGCGGGCGGUCGCGGGCGGUCGCGGGCGGCCGGAGGAGCCGGCCGAGCUCAGGCGGCGGCUUGGCCCGGGACGGGCUCGGGGAGGGCGGCGCGAGCGCGCGGCAGCUGGACGGCAGCGCCGGCCUCCUGCGCGGGACGCAGCACCACUUCCCACGGGACCCGCGGCCCGACGCAGCUCCGGAGGAGCCGGAAGUGCGGCGGCGCCAGGAAAUGAGACGGACCGGAAAGAAGGGGAGGGAUCAGAAGGGAGGAAUCCCCGGAAGUGACGAGCCCCUCUCUCGCGUGAACAAAGAGGGGCGUGGCGCCAGCGUGUCCAGUGGUCCAAAAGCGUCCUGCAGCGGGGUUGUAUCUACGUCUAUUGCGUCCACACGGAACCGACGUCCGGGGCCCCUGCUGGAGGCGAUGUGCUGCCGGGUUCGGCGCAGGUUCAUCGCCUCAGUCGGCGUUGGGCCCGCGGCACCUGGAGUGAGCCGUGAGCCCGGGCGAGGGCCUGACCGUCGCCGCCCAGGCGAUGUGGCCUUGGGAGGGCUCGCAGCUGGGGUGGCCCCAGGCAGCACAGACCCCCCACUUCGGCUCCAGGCGCCCCGAUUCCCCGUGGGGAUGGCGACUCCGCAAGUGGAGAUGGAAGGACCACAGACCUUCCCUGCGAGGCACGGCUGCGAGGCCGGCGUCGUCACCGAGGAGCGCCUGGCCGAGUCCUGGCCCCACACCGCGCCCGUGCCGCUGGCCUGCCGCGCGCCCCUCUGCGCCUUCCCCGCGCCCGGCCGCUGCGGCCUCUGCGUGUGGAGCAGCGCUGACCCUGCGGGCCAGCUUCUGACGCUGGGAGGACACCGUGAGCCGGUCACUGCCGCGGCGUUUGGGAACGUGGGGCGCCCCCUGCAGGUCUGCUCGGCCUCACAGGACCGCGUGGUGACCUGGAGCCUGGACAAGUGCCGCGAGCAAGUGCUCCAGGGGAUGGAGCCACGCGGUGUCGUGCUGGGCACCCCCCCGGGAAAGGUGCUGUGUGUGCGCUACCGACCGGACGACGGGGUGGCUGCGGUCUGCGCGGGCAGCCACGUUCUCCUGCUGGACGUCGAGACCCAGUCCGUGCGGGCCCAGCUGCGGGGACACCUGGGCCCCGUGACCGCCGCUGAGUUCUGUGCCUGGCAGCCGCACGUCCUCGUCUCUGUGUCGGAGGACAGGUGCUUUAAGGUCUGGGACUGCCGCGCGGGAUGCCCGGUGCACAGCUCGCCAGUGCUCACGGCCUCCCCGCUCCUGAGCCUCGCUGUGGACCCAGGGAGCCGGCUGCUGGUUGCCGGGUGCGCCGAGGGCCAGCUCUGUGUCUUCAGUUUGGUGGAAAGCCACCAUUAUCGGUGUGUGACGCGCAUCGACCUGAGGAAGGAGGCCGAGAGUUUCUGCGCCAGGACGGUUGGGCCCCGGCCGAGCGGCCGGCCAGGCGUCCGUUGUUUCUCGCAUCCGCGCCCACCGGGGACACCCACGGGGGCCGUGUCCCGCCCGCCCCUCUGGGGCCUGCACGUGGCCCCGUCCGCCCUCGUGGCCUUCCAGGGCCACGCCUCCCCCACCUCGCUCCUCGUGGCGAGGAAGCUGCGUGUCCCUCGUGGGCCUGCUCGGACACAGGGACACACGUUUCGCGCGGCACCUGGCGGGUGUCGUGUCGCCUGCCGGGUCGCCGGCGACUCUGUUCCUGAGGACAGUGAGCUUCCCUCCGCAGAUGCGCCGGGGAGAGGGGACGAGGUCGACGUGACGCUCCCCGUGCUGGGCCUGGCCCGCUGCGACCGGGCACGCGCCCGCGGGCCUGACCGAGGGCUCCUGUCUCCUGAGAGCACCAGCUGCUUGUGGGUUGGAAGCUCUGCUGGCUUAUUCGUGCUGAACUUGGCCAGCUUUGAGCUGGAGGCUGCCUUGCACUUCAAGGACUUUCGGAACCUCACCAUUAAAGUGGCUGGAUCGUGUGCUGUGAUGAGCAGCGAUGAUAAGGCCUUCUGUGUGCUCGCCUCUUUGUUUGGGAGUGAGAUCACGCUGCUGCAGGUCGACCUGGACGCUCUCCUGAGGUCUCAGCCACGCCCCCGCCUGGGGACGCAUCUCUCAGUGCUGCCCAGCUCCGGCGUCUCACCGGCCUCUCCUCUGUAUUGCGGAACCAUCGAGGCAAAACCGCCGAAGCCGGCCAGCCACGUGCACGCCGCCACCCGACGCGUCGUGAGGGACCAGCCCCUGGUUUUCCACAGCUCCGUCAGGUCGUCGGGGUACGCGGCCGCCCCACACACCACCAUGUUUUCACCGAAGACCACGGUCAAGAGCGACUGGAAAAGACCUUCCAAAUGCGGGAACAGGCGCCCAUGCGAGGGGCGCCCCUGGGAGACUCCCGCGCCCACCGCCCUGCGCCGGCAGCUCGCGGCAGCCCAGGGCCCAGCGGCUGUGCUCUGCGUCCAGUUCUCAGGGGACGGACGGCGCCUGGCCUGCGGCCUGGCCGACCACUUGUUGCUGGCCUUCGAUGCCGACCUUGCUGGGACCCCUGCCGUUUUCUCAGGUCACGACGGGGCCGUGAGCGCCCUGGGCUGGAGCCUCGAUGGCCGGCGGCUGCUGUCUGCCUCCCAGGACGGGACGCUGAGGCUGUGGUCCGUGCGCAGGAGGGAGCCCGCCUUGUGUCUGGGCAAGGACGUGGUCGCCGGGCCCGUGCGCGCCGCCCAGUUCUACUACCUCGACUCCUUCCUGCUGCUCUCGUCGGGCCCCGAGCUGCUGCUGCUCAAGUACCACGUGGACACGCGCAAGGACGAGAUCAAAAGGUACAAGCAGAGCAGCUGGUGCAGCACCGCCUGCAGGCUCUCCACGGCCGGCGCUUCGGAGAUCACUAGCCUGUGCGCCGUCAACGAGUUUUACUCCCACCUCGUGCUGGCUGCCGGCCGGGACAGGACACUGGAAGUGUUCGACCUCAGCGCGGGCCGCAGCGCGGCCGUGGUCACGGGGGCCCAUGCGCGGCCCGCCCACCAGAUCUGUCAAAAUAAGGGAUCGUCAUUUGCGACCCAACAACCUCAGGCUCAUAAUCUUUUUGUGACAACAGCCAUUGGUGAUGGGAUCCGACUGUGGGACCUGAGGACCCUGCGGUGCGAACGCCGGUUUGAAGGCCACCCGAGCCGCAGCUACCCGUGCGGCGUGGCCUUCAGCCCAUGCGGGCGGUUUGUGGCCAGCGGUGCUGAGGACAGACACGCGUACGUCUACGAGAUGGGCUCCAGCACCUUCUCCCAUAGGCUGUCAGGACACACGGACACUGUCACCGCGGUGGCCUUCAGUCCCUCCGCCCCUCAGCUCGCCACGGCCACCCUGGAUGGCAAGCUCCAGCUGUUCGCAGCCGAGUGA